CCGUCCCCCUCUCAUUCCCUCCUAGAAUACCUGUCUAUCCCGUGUCUUGCCCUUACCUACAUAAUUAAUCCUUACCCGCCACCAUGUCGACCUUGGAGGAUCUCGACGACCUUGACCGUGAAGAGAGAGAGAAGAAGCCCCAGGAUGGCGAUGGCAACGACAGGAAGCCCUCCGGAGACGGAGACGCUGACAUGAAAGACGCUGAGAAGAAGGACGACGAAGAGGACCUCUUGGACGAUGACAUUCUACAAUCGAGCACAGCGGACAUCGUCAAGCGACGGCGGAUGCUGGAGAACGAAAUGCGUAUAAUGAAGAGUGAAUACCAACGGUUGACGCACGAACAAAGUACGAUGAGAGAAAAGGUCAAAGAUAAUCAAGAGAAGAUUGAAAAUAACAGACAACUACCAUACCUUGUCGGAAAUGUGGUUGAAUUGUUGGAUUUGGACGUCGAGGCUGAAGCCGCCGAGGAGGGUGCCAACAUCGACCUCGAUGCUACUCGAGUCGGCAAAUCUGCUGUCAUCAAAACCUCUACCCGUCAAACCAUCUAUCUCCCCCUCAUUGGUCUGGUAGAUCAUGAGAAGCUGAAACCCGGUGAUCUCAUUGGUGUAAACAAGGAUUCAUAUCUCGUCCUGGAUACAUUACCCGCUGAAUAUGAUAACCGAGUGAAGGCCAUGGAGGUCGACGAGAAGCCAACAGAGAAGUACACAGAUAUUGGAGGUCUGGAUAAGCAGAUUGAAGAAAUCGUCGAAGCUAUAGUAUGGCCGAUGAAGGAGGCCGACCGGUUUAAGAAGCUUGGCAUCAAGGCACCGAAAGGUGCUCUGAUGUACGGUCCCCCCGGUACCGGAAAGACCCUCCUCGCCCGAGCCUGUGCUGCAGAGACAAACGCCACCUUCCUCAAACUCGCCGGUCCCCAACUAGUGCAGAUGUUCAUUGGUGACGGAGCCAAGCUCGUCCGCGACUGCUUCGCCCUCGCCAAGGAGAAAGCGCCCUCAAUCAUCUUCAUCGACGAACUCGACGCAGUCGGCACAAAACGUUUCGACUCCGAAAAGUCCGGUGACCGUGAAGUGCAACGAACCAUGCUGGAACUCCUCAACCAGCUGGACGGCUUCGCCUCCGACGACCGCAUUAAGGUCCUCGCCGCCACUAACCGUGUCGAUGUCCUGGACCCCGCUCUCCUCCGUUCUGGCCGUCUGGACCGCAAGAUCGAGUUCCCCCUCCCCAACGAGGAAGCCCGCGCCAACAUCCUGCAGAUCCACUCCCGCAAGAUGGCCGUAGACGACAGCGUGAACUGGGCUGAACUGGCCCGCAGCACGGACGAAUUCGGCGGUGCCCAACUCAAGGCCGUCUGCGUCGAGGCUGGUAUGAUCGCUCUCCGGAAGGGAAUGAGCAAAGUCGGACACGAAAACUACGUCGAUGCUAUCGCGGAAGUACAAGCCAAGAAGAAGGAUACCAACAUGGGCAUCUACGUCUAAUGUACCGUUAUAUUAGACUUAAGAAUUCUUUUUUUCCCCGUCACGAUCGUAUCUUCUCUUUAGUUUCUAUAUAUCUCGUACGUUGCCUCUUAUGCCUUGUAUCUACGUACCGGAUGCCGAUGAAAGUAAAUUUCGAAAGGGUUAGCAUGUUAUGUCCUGUUUUUGGUCGGUUAUUGGCCUAGAUAAAUAAACGUAAUUACACUUGGGUUGGUUGGCUAGUUUUUCUCGUAGUAUUACAAAAUAGUA